AUGCCGCAGCCAAAAUCCAGGAAAAUCGCCGUGUUGGGCUACAGAUCGGUGGGGAAGUCUUCUCUCACCAUCCAGUUUGUGGAGGGACAGUUUGUCGACUCUUAUGACCCCACUAUAGAGAACACGUUUACUAAGACGAUGACGGUGAACGGUCAGGAAUACAACCUGCAGCUGGUCGACACGGCUGGUCAGGAUGAAUACUCCAUCUUCCCUCAGAGUUACACCAUCGAUGUCGACGGUUACAUCCUCAUCUACUCGGUGACGUCCUAUAAAAGUUUCGAGGUGGUCAGAGUUAUCCACGAGAAGCUGCUGGACAUGGUGGGAAACGUCCAGGUACCAAUUAUUUUAGCUGGGAACAAGAAAGACUUGCACAUGGAGAGAGUCAUCAGUUUCGAGGAGGGAAAAGCUCUGGCGGAGUCGUGGAACGCUGCCUUCCUCGAGUCUUCGGCCAAAGAAAACCAGACAGCGGUUGAGGUGUUCAGGAGGAUGAUCCUGGAGGUGGAGAAGAUGGAGGCGGGUCAGCCUCAGGGUCGGACACCCUGCUCUAUGAUGUAGCUUCCAAAAACUCUGUCCCACCCCCCAACGACCCCAUCACCAACCUCUGCAGCAACUGACAGCAGGCAGGACAGACCAGCUCUGAAACCCACUUCCUCUUAGCCUCAACGCUAGUCCUGACAUGUUCUGUUUAGUUAAACCAAACUCUGUUCAAAAAUCUGCAGAUUUAAUGGUAACGUGCAUAUUGAAAGCCUUUCACACAUGACCUGGUUGACCCAAAGACACACAGUCAAAGCCUCAUGGGAGUUGUAUUAAUUAAGUGCCAACUGAAUACACAGCGUUUUACCGUUGAUAAAAUUGCACGAUGGAAAGAAAACCUCAAAAGCACGUUUCAGCUUCUCAGAGAGAAACAGUGCUGAUGUUUUCAUGCUGAACUGUGAACUGUAGAUUUUCAGCACAAGUUCACCGCUUUGAGAGCUCUAUUGGCCAGCGCAGUUUAAAUGUUUUAGAACUUCUUACUCCACUAGAGGGCAGCCGUGAGCAGUUCAUUUCAUUAAAAUAAAUACAUUAAAGUGAAUAACUGUUUACAAUAAAACCCUGCAGAUGUGUAAAAGGUCUUCUUUCACAAAGUGUCUGGUCUAAAUGAGCAGAUUUUCAAAUGGGGUUCAGUGUGAUCUUUGCAGUCCUUCAUGAGGCUCGUCAGUAGAAAGAGUGAGCAGAGCAUUAAGACAGCAACAGAAAACGGUGCAUGGUCAAACAAAUCUAUUUAUUAUGACAGAUGAAAGAUUCAGUGGAAAAAGGAAAUUAUUACUAUGAACUCUGCCAUAGUGAUUGUUUGGAUGAGUGUAAGGUGGGAUUGGCUGUUGUGAUUGUGUCAUCGGUUAAAAAUUAUUUUAAAAGGAUUUAAUCACUACAUUUGGCAGUUUAUUACUUUUUAAAUUAAACUUACCACAUAUUUAUUGUAUGAAAUAUUUAGGUUACAAUAGUUGCAAGAGACC